AUGCCUGACCUGGUACUUUCGAACGCCAACACAUCGGUAAAAAGAUUUGCACGCACAAACGAAGACAUUAGCUUUAAGAAAGGCGAACAUUUGGAAAUCUUGAAUGAUACACAAGAUAAACAGGAAGGUUAUAUCUCUUUCCCUAAUAAUUAUGUAGCCAAGUCUAUAGAAGCCGAGCUGUGGUAUUUUGACAAAAUAGAAAGAUUUUAA